ACGUUCUAGUCGGUGCUUGUUCAAAAAUAUCUACGAGACGGUUGACACAACUCGUGGAUAGGUAUGGAGGGGAAUAAUCGGAGGAUUGUGAGGUACAGAUAUUUGUUCCGAGACCGCCAGGGUCUAAGGCUUUUCCAGUCAGUUACUGUGAUAAAACUCACCUCAGGCUAGCGCAGUUGUAAAUGCCUCGACUAGAAGCAGAAGGAAUUUGACCCACUUUGGCCACUUUUUAGUUUUUAUCCCUUGCAUAGAUCACCGCACACCCCAAUGGGGCGCUGCAGUGCUGAAGUGGGAUCGGCUUUCUUCAUCAAAUUGUCUAGUACGUCAGAGUGUCGUUUUUCAGUUCGUUGUCCAUCUGGGUCUGAGAUAUUUUGGCUGGCGAGUGGCAGAAUACACUCGGUAUAAACUGCGGUUCUCCUACCCUUUUUCUUUUUCAUUUUUUUCUUCGACUUCGUUGUGUGUCAGCGAAUAUCCGCACCGAUGGACAAGAAGUAUCUCGUCGAUCCUGAGGACAUUGAGAACGGCGGUGGCGACGAUGUCCCUUUCAAGUCACGUCGGUCAACGUAUUUCGGAACCUCUCCUUCUAUUACACCGUCUGUCAGAGCUAAUCCAGGAGCCCGUGUAAUUGCCGAAUUCAGAACCCUCAGUAUCCACGUUACCGACACUCAAGCCGGACAAUCCCCGUCCACCAAAGAGGUCGCAGUCCGAGAUCUUUCUGCUUUGGAAUGGCAUACUCUCUCCAUCAACGAGAUCUGCAACCGUCUCGGUGUUACAGAACAGGCGGGUCUCGAUUCGCCGAUGGUAGCUCGUCGUCAGAAGAGAGACGGUAAGAACAUCAUCAAGCCCCCGCCCAGCAACAUCGGCAAGAAGAUCUUUUUUGGGUUCUUUGGAGGGUUCGGAGGACUACUUUUCGGUGGUGCCAUUGUCUGUUUCAUUGCUUGGAGGCCCCUAGGAGACCCUAAUCCAUCAUUGGCCAACUUGGCGCUUGCUGUUGUGCUCCUUAUCACCAUGAUCAUCCAAGCAGUAUUCAACCUCUGGCAAGACUACACGACGGGACGUGUCAUGGCUUCGAUCAAAAACAUGCUUCCUUCGGAAAUUAAUGUGAUUCGUGAAAAUCAAGUCCACAGGAUCUCUGCAGCGGAACUCGUCCAAGGAGACCUCGUUCAGAUCAAGCUCGGAAACAAAGUCCCUGCCGAUUUACGCUUAAUACAAGUCUCUUCUGACCUUCGCUUCGACCGGUCUGUCCUUACCGGUGAGAGUGUACCCGUCUCUGGUACAAUUGAUACCACCAACCAGAACUUCAUGGAGUCCAAAAACAUCGCUCUGCAAGGAACCCUCUGCACGAAUGGUAACGGUCUCGGCAUCGUCGUCGGUGUCGGCAAUAAAACUGUCUUUGGCCAAAUCGCCCAGCAAUCGUCUGGAAACCGUCCCGUCCGAACGACAUUGGAAGUCGAGAUUCUGAGAUUUGUCAUAAUUAUCGCGACUUUGGCAACCAGUGUUUGCAUCGUAAUCAUCAUUCUUUGGGCAGCUUGGUUGAGAAAAGACCAUCCUGGUUUCAUUAACGUUCCGACGCUUUUGAUCGACCUCGUAUCCGUCGCCGUUGCCUUCAUUCCCGAGGGUCUUCCAAUCUGUGUCACUCUUUCCUUGACCGUCAUCGCGCACGCCAUGAAAAAGAACAACAUCAUCGCCAAAUCGCUCUCCACCGUCGAAUCACUCGGCGCAGUCAGCUUCAUUUGCUCAGAUAAGACCGGAACGUUGACUCAGAACAAGAUGACUGUCGUCAACCUUGGCUUGUUCAACGACGGGGGACUGAAGAAGGUUUCCGUCGAGAAGGCUCCAGUUGUCGAUGAGGAAGGUUUAAAAGCUUUGGCUACUGCUGCUUGCCUAUGCAAUGAGGCAGUUUUCGAAGGAUCUGGUGAAGAAGGAUCUGAUAGAAAGAUAAGCGGGGACGCUACUGAUUCUGGUCUUUUGAGAUUCUCAGAUUCCAUCUUGCAUGUCCCGAAAGCCCGCGAACGCUGGAACGAGGUUGGAAAAUUGCCUUUCAAUUCAACCACCAAGUUUGCCGUUACGCUGUUCAAGAGUCAAAACCCUGGUUUGCCCACUCUCACGUCGGAAAUGACCGAGGGAGACAUUCUCUUGAUCGUCAAAGGAGCACCGGAUGUCCUGCUCUCCCGCUGCGCCUUCGUUGUGUCCCACUCAUCCAACUCUCCUCUCUCUCCACUCACGCCAGAGAUCAAAGCCAGCGUUGUGGCGACUCAGGAGCACUUUGCUAGUCAAGGCCAACGGGUACUGCUCAUCGCCCGUCGGAUACUUCCUUCGUCCGUGGAAGCAGAGGGAUUUGCAGAGGACAAAGUCAAAAAUCUGACGAUGGAUCUCGCUAUCAUCGGUCUCGUGUCGCUGAUGGAUCCUCUGAAAGAAGAAGCUGCUGAGACAGUGAAGAUAUGCAGGAGAGCUGGUAUCCGGUUCUCGAUGGUUACAGGUGAUUACGCGUCGACUGCUGUCGCUAUCGCACAGGAUGCUGGGAUUGUUACGACUCGACCCUUGGAACUGAAGCAUCUCUCGGACUUGCCUCAUGAUUUAGAGCUGUCCCAGAUACCGAAAUUCGAUACCUGGGCUGAUGAUGCAUUAACACGACCUCAACGUAGUCUGGUCUUGAGUGGACCUGAGAUUAUGACUAUGACUGAAUCCCAAUGGAAACAGGCACUGACGUUUGAUGAGUUGGUUUUCGCUCGUACCUCACCACAACAAAAAUUGCAGAUUGUGAGAGCCUUCCAGGGAGAUGGUUGUUGCGUAGCCGUUACGGGGGACGGAGUGAACGACGCACCAGCCCUCAAGCAGGCCGACGUCGGUGUCGCUAUCUCCGGAGGUUCAGAUGUUGCCAUCGAAGCCGCAGACCUCGUUCUACUCGACCGGUUCUCCGACAUCGUUAGCGGAAUAGAAUAUGGCCGUCUUUGCUUCGAAAACCUCCGUAAAUCGAUUGUGUAUCUCCUCCCUGCUGGCUCGUUCUCUGAAUUGAUGCCCGUCAUCGUCAACGUUGUUUUCGGUGUACCCCAAGCGCUCAGUAGUAUACAGAUGAUUCUUGUCUGUGUGUUCACCGAUCUUUUCCCUGCGUUGUCGAUGGUUUUCGAAAAACCGGAAGCGGAUCUUCUAUUCAGGAGACCUAGGAACCGCAAAACGGAACGUCUCGUCGAUGGUCGCCUUCUUCUGCACGCUUACGGGUUCAUUGGUGUCAUUCAUUCACUCACGUCCAUGGUUGGUGCUUUCUACUUUGGAUUCCAAAAAGACCAUGGUAUCCCCUUUUCGGCAAUGUUCCUGAAAUUUGGAACUUAUGACGUGGAUCCUGAUUAUUUUGCUGAGGCAACUAACCGAGCGCAGUCGAUAUAUUUCUUCAACCUUGUCAUCAUUCAAUGGGGUAACGUCCUCGCUACGCGUACGCGCCGACUCUCUCUGUUUCAUCAAAAUCCUUUGUGGGGCAGGGCUCGGAAUUUAUGGUUAGUUCCUGCUAUGGCGAUGGCUCUCGGAUUGGCUUGCUUGUUCUCUUACGUUCCCUGGUUCCAACAAGUGUUUUUAACCCGUGGUGUGGAAGUCCAGUACUACUUCCUACCGAUGGCUUACGGUGUCGCUUUGGUGUUUGCGGAUGAGAUGAGGAAGUAUUGGAACAGGAAGUACCCCAAGUCUUUGUUGGCGAGAUUAGCUUGGUAGACUGUGGUGGACUCGCAAACUGGACUUUCAAUUGGGUCACGGAUGUCAGCCUUUCGGUCGUGGAUAGAUUUCAGGAUUUUUUAAUGUCUACCUUUAUGCUUUAUGAUCAGCCUCUAUAUUACCUACUAGUAUGAAUUUCAAUCAGACCUACGUAUUAUACAUGACUAGAUACC